CUGUCACAUAAAAUCAUGGACGAUGAUGAAGUUCCUCCAUUGGAGGACAUGUCAGAAAUCUUACAACAAGCAGAGGUCAUCAGGUCAAAGGUUAAUAGUUCAAAGGGUAAACAGUCUGUUGACCCCAGCCCCAGGGGAGCAGUUCCACAGAAGGGUCAGGGUACUGAGAAACCAAAAGAAAAAUCAUCAGAUACUCAAAAGGUAAAAUCAGCAGAGAAAAAUGUGAACAGUACGCCCUCCAAAUCUUCUUCAGCCAGUUUUGGAGGGUUCAAGAAAGGAUUUUUAUUUGGAGGAAACAGUUCUUCUAAGUCAGACUCACAGGCGACGAGUUCAUCUCCCUCUGGAUCAGUUGCCAAGAGUUCAUCUGACCUUCCGUAUAUAACCAAGAAAUCUACCAGUGAAAGUCGUGAACUGCCAGAGGUUCAACAAACAUUGUCUGCAGAGGCUCAGAAAAUAGCACAAAACAAAGACGAGUGGUUGACUGAUGGCCUGAUGAAGAAGAUUGAAGCUAAUGAUGCGCUGUUUAAGAAGCUGGGAGAUCCACGGUAUGUGGAGGCUGUCAACCAAUUCCAGACCGACCCGGUCAGAGCCAUGGAGCAGUACAAAGACAACCAGGAAAUCCAGGAAUUCCUCACCUCAUUCUGCAAAGUCAUGGGUGAACAUUUUACUGGCUUGGCUGAUCAACAGGACAAAGCGGCCAAACCCAGUAAACCUGCUCCUCCACCCAGUAAAAUCGUGGAGCUCAACUCAGACUCGGAAGUCAACAGGGCAAAGACUACACCCUCCCACAGCAUCAACCCUAACAGGUCAGAGACUGUGUACACAAGGUCACCAGCAGAGGGCGCUGACAUGUCAGUCAGGAGCUCCACCAAUCCUAACCAGGCUACUGCAGAGGAUGAGAGGAGAAUGCAGGAGAUUCUAGCCAAUCCAGAGAUCCGUGACAUUCUUAUGGAUCCACAAAUAAUGAAUCUGAUUGAAACUCUGAAGUUUAAUCCUGAUGAGGGAGCCAGGAUUCUACAAAACUCAGACCUGGAAUUGAGAGGGAAAGUCAACAAGUUAGUACAGUGUGGACUACUACAGUUCCAGGGCUAGAGAGAGAGAGA